AUGGGAGACAAGGCGCCCGGCCCCCGCAGGACGAGCUUGGACAUGCUGGGCACUCCCAGGUGGGUCCAGACCCGCCCCUCCUCGGCUCCCUAUAAGGGCAGAGGACCUGGGACGGUAGACUCACACACCAUGAGGCCAUCCACAAGACAGAGGACCUUCCUGCUGGCCUUCACGGUGCUCUGUACCCUCCUGGGUCUCGGGUGCCCUCUAAGCUGCGAAGUGUGUAAGGGCCCCGGGCACACGUGCAGCGGAAAACUGAAGAAGUGCGAAGCCGGCAAGGACGCAUGCGUGGUCCUCGUGGGCGAGUCCAGCACAAAGGGCCGCAAGUCGGUGAACACCUUGAAGGCCUGCAUGAAGUUUAGUGAUUGCUACUCUGGCUUCGUAUCCACCACCAUGGGCCCCAACGACUACAUGGUGUCCAACGCACAGUGCUGCCAGAGCGACGGCUGCAACCAUGACUCGGUGCCCCCGCCCCAGAACAACCGCACUGAGAACGGCCUUAUGUGUCCCUCCUGCAUCGUGCCCUUCCAGGACUCCUGCCCAGGAACCCGGGCAACCCGCUGUGUUGGCCAAGAAACCCACUGUAUCUACUUCGCUGGCAAUGUGCAGGCUGGUAUUUUUAACACCAAGUUUGCCACACGAGGCUGUGCCACCCAGAGCGCCUGCUACACCAAGCCUGGAGCCGAAGUGCCCUCGGCCUCCUAUCUCUACUUCCUCCGCCGUGCAGACUGCCUUCCAGCCCCCCAGCCCCCUGGCAGGGCCGAGUGAA